GGAUGGUGAGACACCCAGAGAGAGCGAGAGACCUCGGGAGUGUAUGAAGCUGAGUGUUAAGUUCAGGCUCUCUUCGCCACGUAAAGUCAGCCUACGUUAGGUAACGAUGAGUACAUCAGAGUCCUUGGACCGAAUGGAACUCUGUGAAAGCCUCUUAACAUGGAUCCAGACAUUUGGCGUCGAGGCUCCGUGCAAGACAGUAGAAGACUUGACCAGUGGCGUCGUCAUGGCCCAGGCUCUGCAGAAAAUAGAUAUAGUGUAUUUCAACGAUGCUUGGAUCAGUAGAAUCAAGCCAGAGGUUGGCGACAACUGGAGGUUAAAGAUCAGCAAUCUAAAGAAAAUCCUAAAGGGCAUCCUAGAUUAUAACCAGGAGGUCUUAGGCCAGCACAUUAAUGACUUCACACUACCAGACGUUAACCUUAUCGGAGAACACUCUGACGCAGCAGAACUUGGCAGGAUGCUGCAGCUUCUGCUGGGCUGCGCCGUCAACUGUGAACAGAAACAAGAAUACAUCCAAACCAUAAUGAUGAUGGAAGAAUCGGUGCAGCAUGUUGUCAUGACAGCCAUCCAAGAGCUGAUGAGUAAAGAGACGCCGGUCACGGGAGGAAAUGACUCGUAUGUGGAUCUCGACAGACAGCUGAAGAAGACAGCUGAAGAGCUGAAUGACGCUUUGGCUACGAAGGAGGAGAUCGCCCAGAGGUGUCGUGAGCUUGAUAUGCAGGUGGCGGCUCUACAAGAGGAGAAGAGCAGUUUGCUAGCAGAAAAUCAGGUCCUGAUGGAGAGGCUCAACCAGUCGGACUCCAUAGAGGAUAUCAACAGCCCUGCAGGACGCAGACAUCUCCAGCUGCAGACACAACUGGAGCAGCUACAGGAGGAAACUUUCAGGCUGGAGGCGGCAAAAGACGACUACCGGAUCCGUUGUGAGGAGCUUGAAAAAGAACUUUUGGAUGUGAAGUCCCAGAACGAAGAGCUUUCGUCACUGGCUGAUGAAGCCCAGUCUCUCAAGGAUGAGAUGGACGUCCUCCGGCAUUCAUCAGACAAAGUGUCAAAACUGGAGGGCACAGUGGAAAACUACAAGAAGAAGCUGGAGGACAUGGGGCUCCUCAGGAGACAGAAUAAACUUAUGGAGGAGAAGAACACAGUGUUAAUGCAGACCAACGUCAGCUUAGAGGAAGAGCUACGAAAGGCGAACGCUACCAAGGGCCAGCUAGAGACGUACAAGAGACAGGUGGUGGAGCUUCAGAACCGACUGUCGGAAGAGUCGAAAAAGGCCGACAAGAUGGAGUUUGAGUACAAACGGGUCAAGGAGAAAGUGGACUCUCUACAAAAAGAGAAAGACCGUAUGCGGACUGAGAGAGACUCGCUGAAGGAGACUAUUGAGGAACUGCACUGCGUCCAAGCUCAAGAGGGGCAGCUUACAUCAAGUUUGUUUCCACUGGUCAGCAACGACGGUUCCGAUUCGCUGGCUGCUGAGAUCACCACCCCAGAGAUUCGAGAACAUCUGAUUCGUCUCCAACAUGAGAACAAGAUGCUGAAGCUGGCCCAGGAGGGCUCCGAUAACGAGAAGAUCGCGCUGCUGCAGAGCCUACUGGAGGAUGCCAACAGGAGGAAAAAUGAGCUGGAGACCGAGAACAGGUUAAUCAAUCAGCGCUUGAUGGAGGAGCAGAGUCAGGUGGAGGAGCUGCAGAAGAAUCUCCAGGAACAGGGCUCCAAAGCAGACGAUUCUUCCAUUCUGAAGAAGAAAUACGAGGAGCACAUGGAAAAACUACGAGAAUUGAACAACGAGUUACUGAAGAAAAACGCCUUCAUCGAUGAAAUGGAGCCUAAAUACACGGCCAGCUCCCAACGAGUGGACGAGCUGGAAGAGGCCUUGAAGAAGAAAGAUGAAGACAUGAAACAGAUGGAGGAGAGAUAUAAGAAAUACCUCGAAAAAGCCAAGAGUGUGAUCCGGACGCUGGACCCCAAACAGAACCAGGGUUCGGGCCCAGAGGUGCAAGCUCUGAAAAACCAGCUGCAGGAAAAGGAGAGGAUGUUGCACUCGUUGGAGAAAGAAAUGGACAAGACGAAGAGCCAGAGAGAACACGAGGAGAAACUGAUCGUGUCAGCCUGGUACAACAUGGGUAUGUCUAUGCAGAAGAAGGCGGCUGAAGACCGACUCGCCAACACCGGCUCCGGCCAGUCUUUCCUGGCCCGGCAGAGACAAGCCACCAGCACACGCCGCUCCUACCCGGGUCACGUCCAGCCAGCUACCGCAAGGUAGAUGGCAGCAGGGCACAAAAACACAGCGACAAGCUGCUUUACAAACCCCCCCUGAACUUGCAUACAGUUAGACGUGCCUGUUUUGAGGCACUCUGUUUCCAUUCAUUUCUAAUGGAAGCUCUUGUUUUCUUGCAUUCCUUCCAUUGAUUUCCUUUUUUUUGUUGUUUUCCUCCUUGAUCAGAUCCAUGAGGUAGAGAUGCCAGCCAAGGCUGCCCAAACCACUUUUUUUUUCUCCCUCUGACUAAGCAUAUUUUACCUUGACCCCUAUGAUGCAAGACCUUUUUUUUUUUAAUUUUUCAAACUUCAGCACAUUUGCUAGGGUCUGACUAAUCACUCCAAACGUCCUCCCUCUCGACCGCUGACCUUCCCGAAUCCGCGGCAAACCUUUUUUGCCGCACAGGUAACCCCCGGACCCCAAGGCUCAGAAGAGUCGCAUCUUCUCGACAAGUUACUGUCGGUUUCGAUGAGAGGAGCCGCUCGACCUGGUCAUGCAGUAUUUACGCACAUCUUCUACCUGUGAUAACAUUUGGCUUGUUCUUUCUUUUCUGACUGGAGUUAACAGAGUUCCUGUCCCGCGUUGUGUUUUAACUCUUUAUGAUGUAGCUUUAAGGGCGUCAAAGGUGAUUUUCAGUUACUGGUCUCACUGUUUAAAUGUCAUUUCAUCUGAUUUUGUGUUGGUCUUAAACAAGAGGCAUAGGAAGAUGUGUUGAUGGUGGAUUUGCUAAGUAGUGUGAAGGAUCUGAUUGAUUGAUUUCUUAUAGGAAAACAAAAGUCCAGGUUGGUAAAAGUGCAGCAAUAACUCAGAAUGGUCAUUUUUCUCCAGCAAAAGCAAAAGGUCGUCUGUGAAUCCACAGCUGGACGGUUGAUGGCUGCUGUAUAUAAUAGUGUAAAUUGAUUUCUCUCGUAAAGAGCGAGGAGCCACCUUCUGAGCAAAAAAACCGCUUCACUGGGUUUUUAGCCUCACCAGCAUUUACAAGGUUGUGUCAGACAACACCUCACGUGCCAUAGCGUUAGUUUCUGACCCCUGCGACACCGCGGGCGUCUCCGUUAAGAUAAGAAAUGUGCUCAGAGAACGAUUUUGGUUCCUCGUUGCUCGACCCAGCGUUAGUUUGUAGGUCACUGUUAAUGCCAAAAAGUCAACAAUAGGAUGUACUUUCCAUGUAAGUUUAGUGCUAUUAUAGUAUAAAAAGGUGUCGAACAGGGACGCUUGUUGUUCUCAUCGCCUCUUUAACCCUUUUUUUUUUCUUUCCCCGGCGCAUCGUGGACGCUCUCUUAUUAACGCCUGUUUAGAUCAGGGGCCCACACUGUUGAUUUCCACCUAACAAGCCCUGCCAUCUGACCAUUACUUCUCUUUCUCCUCCCUCAACAGCAAUGUCACUGCAUGACUGGCACACCAAUGACCUGUCCGGGCCCCCGUGCCGCCUGGCCGGGCCCUUCCCCCGCUGACCCGUGGCCGGGCUAGGCCGAGGCACGCAAUGCAUGAACUACCUGCCUGCGCACUGUUUGCAUGACCUUGAAUUGACUCGAAGCCUGCGAAUAACCAGCCCACUAGCAGCAGCAGCAGCAGCAGCAGCAGCAUGAGCACUAACAACCCUCUGCAGAGUCAUGCGUUCUAACCUCCAGACAAGCCCACGCGGGGGGACGGGGUAGGAGAAAGGAAAACACCUCUCACACACACCUUUCCUCCAAUUAAUUUCCUUUCCUCUCCUGGCUCCUUUCCCCCUCUCCCUCGUUCUUAUGCUCUGUGUUACUGUCUCCAUCUCCUCCAUCCUCCUCAUGGACAUGCCUGCUCGUGCUUCUGCACCGCAACGAGUCUGUUACGAUUCAGCCGACGUUACAAACGCCCGGGACGGGGGCAGAAUGUCCACCGCAGUGUUGUCUGUCAAGCUUUGGUUUAACGAGCCCUUCUCUGUAGUAACCUGGUGUGGGGCGAGCUGCUUCAGGAUACCUCAACGACACGUUUCCGCAUAUCUGUUCUUGGAGGAAGCGAUUAGCCGGUCUGCAUAACGAAACAAAAAGAGUCCCCUCCCCCUCCAAGUGUUUACCUGUCCUCAACCUGUCGCUAGACGGGAUCGUAGAAGUUUUACCUCAAGUGUUGAAUACAGCGAGACGUGGAUUAAAGGAGAGCUCACAGGGCUUCUCUGUGUCGCCCUGUAGGAGCGUAGGACGGCACAAUAAGUAUUUUGAAUUGUUACAAACACGUUUUCUGGAGGAUUAAAGCCCCCAUUAAGCCUACUCGCGAUUUCUCUCGGAUAUAUUUCUUGAUCAGAUUUCUGUGAUGUUUCUGGUGGUUGAUCGCUACCCGGAGCAGAAGAGUGCACUUUGCCACGCGUUUAGUAUUAACGGAGAAUCCUGGUUACAAAAAUCGAGAUAUUAGCCUGCGUUAGCUCACGUAGGCUAACGUAUGGUCAGCUCACUUAAAGGGCUAAAAGGGGAAACAGCUGCAAUAAUCUGAGAAGAUCCCGUCGAUCGCAGACGCUUCUCCAGUACAUUUUUACAGCUUUCCCAACUGGCAGUUCAAAGGCGUUUGUGUUGAUUUGGGGGUCGUAAAUCACUACCGGCAGAAGCUGACUCCUCACGGCGUCGGUCGUGGGGAGGCUCCGGUGUUACUAUAGGUCAUACUGUAUAUUCUGUGUAGCUUUUUUCUUUUUAAAUAAAUGUCUUAUUUAACUUUUACUUCCGGAGCUUAUUGUAAUUGUGUGGGAAGGACUGAAAACCGCACUGUGGACCUGAGGAUACAUGUGCAUGUUACAGGCAUAGAUGCAUGUGUCGUUGAAACGAGAGAGAUGAUUAAAUCCUCCAGCUUAGUGCCUUCUGUUCAACAUGUAUAGAAAAUAACAUUCGGGCUGUUUUAGGGAUUAAAGGCAGAGUUAUUGUGUUAAACAAGAGAAACAUCUUGAUUUUGAACACUCACCGUGGGCUUAAUGAGGGCUUUUCUGCUCACUUUUUAACCCAUUUUACUUCUAAUCGUUCAACUGUGUAACCUUAGUUUAAUUCAUGCCGUGCAUUUUUAUCUUAAUGGGCUUAUUUAUUCUUUUGCCGCUUGUACAGCAGUGUUAACAGUUCUUUUUAUAUUAUAUAUAAAUAUAUGAGUAGUAUUAUUAUACCACCACUUAUACUGUUACAACGGAUGUGACAUCAAAAUACUGUUAAAUACUCGUCUUAUGCAACAAAAGCAGGAGGAGGAGGCUGUUCAGCGCUCGUCUCCGUCUGAGGAUCAAGACAGUUAGAGAAGGUUGCGUUUACCUCUUCAGGAAAAAAGGAGUUUCUUAGGAAAUCACUGUGCUGAGAAAUCGAGAAAAAAAAAGCACAUUUUACACUUUUAAUUCCUCGAACGGUUGGUGGAUUUUACUGUGACCCUGCACAGGAGCAUCUUUUCUAGCGUUUAGCGAACCAGACCGAGGCCUCGAGAAGGGUCGAGGGUGUCGAUCGAGCAAAUUUCCAAACCCGAGCGUGAAUUCAGAAAAGUCAGGGUCUCGUUUCUGUGCAAAUCAGAGUUUUGUAAAAAAAAUAAAAAACCACCCACCGGCCAUUAACAUGUGCAGUUGGAGCUCUAUUACACGGAACUCUUUUUAACCGUCCAUCACCGUGAGUUGGUUUGGUAAGAAAUCUGUAUAUAAUGGAGCCCAUCCACGUUGUGGUCGACAUGUUGAGAUUCAUAUCAGGGAUGUGGGGGGAAGCUUUUCUUUAUUUGUUUUUAAUAUCCUCCCUAAAGAGAGAAAGCAGAUCGUCUUAUUCCCGUCAAAUCAGUGUUCUGCUGUUAAAUCUGAUGGUUUGGGUCGUUUUCAAACCCUCGUCGAUAACAGUUGGUUGUUUAUGAGAGGAGAGUUGACAACAUCAGGCUUCAGCUCAACAUCUCUCCUCGUUUUUUUUUUAUUUUUAUUUUUUUUUAAUGGGAAUUGCAGUAACUCUCAUAAAGUGUCAAACUGUGGUGUGUUUCCUUUUGACUAAACCCAGUAUUCCCUAGUGUCACUAGGCCAGUCCACAUGUAUUAGCCGGAUGAAAUAAACGACACGAGAAGCUGUUAACAGGUCAGAACCAUAAACGUGUGCAGUGUUUGCUGUAUUAUUAUUUUCUUUUUUUUUUUUUUUACUCAUUGGAAAACCGUUUCUUUACAUAUUGAAGUAGCAGAUAACCUUCCAUUUGCCAAGUUUUCUAUCGCUUGUAUACAAACACACGAUGUACAUACGGUAUGUGGUAGUGGUUUAGGAAGUGUCUGGAUAUCUGAGGAUGAGAAAAAAAACAAAAUAAAAAAACCCCACGUCUAGUUAGGUGGAUUUCAUACAGCAUCAGUCCGCUGGGGACGUACCGAUGAAAAUGUGCUUCCUACACCGCAAAAACUUGGAAAUGACAUUGUAAAUAAAGCUUGUAUAAAACAG